AUGGUAGAUCCGCAAGAUGAAAAGGAUACUGUGGUUACGACUGCAGAAGUCUAUCUCGAAAGGUUGCGCUUGAACGAUGCUCUUUCUGCCAGAGACGCGGUUGUGCAACACCUAGCGGAAGCUUGCACCUCGAUCCGGCAGAAGACCGCGACUAUCCUCCUCCUCGAACAAGAGAAGGCCGACCUGGAGACUCAACUAAGCUUCAUGACCGGUCGACAAAGCGCGUCUCAACCAGGCGGCAGGGCGGAUCGCGCUGCACGAGAGAGGGAGUACGUCAAGGUGCAGGUCGAAGUCGGAAGUCUGGCAGAGAUGUUUCGACGGUUGGAACGCGAGAACCAACAGCUCAAAGCUCAGAUAACUGGUGAACAAUUGGAUGCAACUGCUCGUCCGUCGGACUGGCAAGUCGCAUUGCACAGGAUCUUGCGCCUGGUCAUGCCUGCGCCGAACGUCGAAGUCAAUUUAGGCCAUCCGAACGACGGGCGACCGGUCCCAACGACGGCACCAGGCAACGUCCCGCCGGCGAACCCUUCGACUUCGUGCGCUCGCGUCGAUCAUGGUAGCCUCGCAAGCGUAACUGCGCCCCCUGAUGAGAGAUUCGGCGCAAGAAAUGCCAUACUCGCCGCCCUUCCGCUCACUCCCGACGUGCCAGCGGACGUCCUGAAACCAAUCGUCAUCCCGCCCCAGUAUACCUUUCAAGACUUUGUGACUACUUUGCCCAACACCACGUUCUGGUCCACGGAACGAGAGGAGCACGGCUACUUCCUGACACCUCUGUUCAAGUGCACAACGAAUCCGCGGGCGACCACUGCCCACCGGUGGGCCGCUGUCGAUUUGAGCUCGCAGCUGAACAAGACCACCGAUUGUUUCUUCAAUAAGAACGGAUAUUGGUACUACACUGGUCUCUACAAGGCGUUCUGGCUGGACGAGCUCUCUCCUGCGGAAUGGGGUAACCUGACAUCCGAGACAACGCAAGCCCUCGUGAAGCAGACAAUCUUCGCACGGAAGAACACCGCUCCCCAGAACGUAUACGAAACCGGUCAGCUCUACAGCGCAGGCGCGCUCCGCGUGGCGUGCAUCGGUCUGCAAUGCAUCGGGUUCAGCCAUGCAGUGUACACGCAGCUUAUCGAGGCCGCGGAGAAGUGCGCGCAGACGGGAUGCUGGCGGAACACUCAGGCUGUAGCUGGGACUGGACCAGGCUCGAUCUGGACGCCUCCUUCGCCGACCCUCUCUCCGCGGGCGCUGUCGACCAUCUCUGCACGAUCCACCGCGCGAACUGACGACUGUCCUUGUCUCCCAAGACUAACUCGGCCCAACCUCUGGGUUGCGGAAUUGCUUCCCUGGCCCACUGAGGUCAGUUUACUCUGA